CUGAGGUAUGGUUCAUCGUCUCUUAUCUUUCCGCCGUCUCUUACUACAACUUCAUAGCGUGUUUCGUGUCUUAGGUACUAGCAAUGUUCAGUCGUUGUCUUCACACACUGAGCGUGUUUCGUGUCUUAGCUUCUAACACUUUCGACUCCGAUGGAUCCUGCAAACUACACCUACCUUUCACCAAAUCAAAGAAAACGUGUAACGAAAAUGUCAUUCUGUGUCAUCAACGAGACCAGGCCGCCCCGCCAGCUUUGGUCUCUCUACUUGCUCAGGCCACUCAUUCAGCAUUGGUAGAACAGUGGCAUUUCUACUGUCAGGAGCCCCAACCCCGGGCCGAUGUUGUUCAAGCUCGUGGACGUUCAAUGGUCUUCCCACUUUGUCCUCUGCUAUUGGCUCUCUCUCGAACUUCUAGCAUGGUUGCACAAGCAGAACAUCUCUAGUUAUUUCAUGCUUGCUUUGCUGUAUUUCCCGAUCGAGUUGUGCCUUCGUCUACAGCUUCGUCCUGCCCGUGGCUUGGGGCGGGAGUCUCCUCAACGUUCACUUGAUCUCCAUGUUUGUCUCUUAUGACCAAUCCGACAAGACCAUCUGUAACCUUUGCCCAACUCAGGGAAAGCUUAUCUUCUGUUCACAUUACCCAACCUUCACUCUGUUUCCUUUUUCUAGUUCACUUAC